AUGGUCCCAGUUCCAGUUUCCAAAGAAUAUCCAACAGGAAGACAUGAAAUUGUAGUAAAACUUUUAAGUGUUGACCCUCAAAAUUACCCUGACGCUCCUCGUGAAGGCAUUAGAAGAAUAUUAGAAAUUGCCACAGGAAAACCUCACCCGAGAAAUAAACCGGUGGACACUUCUCUAAUAGAGUCAAUUCGAAUGGGAACGACCGUUGCUACAAAUGCUCUAUUAGAAAGGAAAGGAGAAAAAUGUGCACUGUUGAUUACUAAGGGAAAUCAGGCUCGUCCCAAGAUAUUUGAUCUUUCCAUCCGUAAGCAUGAAGUUCUGUAUCAACGAGUUGUGGAAAUAGAUGAGCGAGUAAUGUUGAUCGGAGAUGAAUCACAGCCACCAGCUGAUCUAGCAAAUGAUGGCGCCAAUAUAAUUAAAGGUGUUUCUGGAGAAUAUGUAAAGGUACUUCAAAAACCAGACACAAACAAGAUAAAGAAUGAUCUACAAUCUUUGUAUGAGGAAGGAUUUCGAAGCAUCGCAAUUUGUCUAAUGCAUUCAUACACAUUUUCAGAUCAUGAACGUUUAUUAGGUUCAAUCGCGUCCGCAGUCGGAUUUACACAUAUUUCCCUUUCUUCCGCUAUAAUGCCAAUGAUUAAAAUUGUGCCUCGUGGUACAUCAUCAACAGCCGAUGCAUACUUAACACCAUGUAUUCGUAAAUACAUUGAUGGGUUCAUUUCUGGGUUCGAUGAAAACAUGGAAAAAAAUAUAAGAUUAGAAUUUAUGCAAAGUGAUGGUGGUCUUGUACCAGUUAAUAAAUUCUCUGGAUUCAGGGCUAUUCUGUCAGGACCUGCAGGUGGUGUCGUUGGCUAUGCGUCAACAUCAUUUAGUGAGAAUGAACGUGAUCCAGUAAUCGGUUUCGAUAUGGGAGGUACUAGUACAGAUGUGUCUCGAUUUGAUGGUCUAUAUGAACAUGUGUUCGAAACGACUACUGCGGGAAUAACCAUCCAAGCACCUCAACUUGAUAUAAAUACGGUCGCAGCUGGUGGCGGUUCGCAGUUGUUCUUUCGUAAUGGAUUGUUUGUUGUUGGACCAGAGGUUGAUAAUAUUAAAACUUAUUCAAAUAUGAGCGCUGGCGCACAACCGGGACCUACAUGUUACAGAAAGAACGGCCCUUUGACUGUAACUGACGCGAACUUAAUGUUAGGCCGACUAAACAUUGAUUAUUUCCCAAAAAUAUUUGGUCCUUCGGAGGAUCAACCGUUGGAUGUGGAGGCUACUCAGCUCAAAUUUCAAUUGCUUGCAGAAGAGAUUAAUGCUUUUGUAGGAAAUGAUAAAAAAAUGAGUUUAGAUGAGAUAGCAUACGGAUUUAUUAAAGUUGCAAACGAAGCAAUGUGUCGCCCCAUUCGCGCUUUGACUGAAGCAAAAGGAUAUGAUACUUCAAAACAUAUUCUUGCAUGUUUUGGUGGUGCCGGUGGUCAACAUGCAUGCGCAAUAGCACAAAACUUGGGUAUCAAGAAAAUCCUAAUUCAUCGAUAUAGUUCAAUAUUGUCAGCAUACGGUUUAGCAUUGGCUGACGUUGUUAAUGAAGUUCAAGAACCUUGUUUAAAAACUUAUUCAGAUGACUCGUUACCGUAUUUAAGAGAAAAAAUUAAUGCUCUUUGUGAAACAUGCACGAAAGAACUAAAGUCGCAGGGGUUCGAUGAAUCAUGUAUUCAACAUCAGGUUUAUCUUAAUUUACGAUAUCAAGGAACCGAUUUUGCAAUUAUGACCUUAAAACCUGAAGAUUCAUGGGAUUUCGCUAAAACUUUUGCUAUGCAAUAUAAACAAGAAUUUGGUUUCAAUUUCCCCGAUCGAAAUAUUUUGGUGGAUGAUAUAAGGAUCCGUGGUGUAGGCAAAGGUUCUGGAAUAACUCAACAUGAUGUAUUUGAUGAGAUAAAAAGUAUUAGUCCUAUACCGAUAUUAGAAGACCAGUGCGACGAUAUGGUGUCUGUUUAUUUUGAAAGUGGACGUAUAGAAACUCCACUUUAUCUUUUGGAGAAAUUGAAAAUUGGAAAUAAAAUUACUGGUCCAGCAAUGAUCAUGGACUCUAACUCAACAGUUCUCGUUGCACCGACUUGCAGUGCGUUGAUUACAACUUCACAUAUUUUUAUUACCGUUGGGGAUGGGAUUAGAAUAAAAGUAACUACUGAAUCUGAUCCAAUUCAAUUAUCUAUAUUUGGGCAUCGAUUCAUGAGUAUUGCUGAGCAAAUGGGAAAUGCUUUACAGAAGACAGCUGUUUCGACAAAUAUUAAAGAGAGGUUGGAUUUUUCUUGUGCUCUCUUUGGAGCUGAUGGAGGAUUAGUCGCAAAUGCUCCACACAUUCCAGUUCAUUUGGGGAGCUUAAGUCAUGCGGUUAAGUAUCAAAUGGAGUAUUACAAUGGUACACUAGAAGAUGGUGAUGUGAUUCUGACAAAUCAUCCACAAGCUGGUGAUAUUACUGUAAUAACCCCAGUAUUCAAUGAAGGAAAAAUUGUAUUCUUUGUUGCAUCAAGAGGUCACCAUGCGGAUAUUGGUGGUAUUUUACCUGGUUCUAUGCCACCACAUUCAAAAGAAUUAUUUGAAGAAGGUGCUGCUAUCAAGUCAUUUAAACUCGUUUCAAAGGGGAUAUUUGAUGUUGAUGGUCUUACUAAUAUUUUAUUGCACGAACCUGCUCGAUAUCCCAAAUGUUCCGGAACAAGAUGUCUCCGUGAUAACAUUUCAGAUAUUAAAGCUCAAGUAGCCGCAAACCACAAAGGCAUUAAUCUUGUGAAAGCAUUAAUUAAAGAAUAUGGGUUGGAUGUAGUUCAAGCUUAUAUGAUGUAUAUUAGAAAGAAUGCUGAAUUAUCAGUCAGGAAUCUCUUGAAAACAAUAAGUCAUCGAUUAGGGCAUAAUAUCUUAAAGGCGGUCGAUUACAUGGAUGAUGGAACACCUAUUGUAUUACAAAUAACGAUUGAUGAGAAGGAGGGGUCUGCUAUAUUUGAUUUUACUGACACUGGACCUGAAGUUUAUGCAAAUACCAAUGCACCUCCUUCAGUCACUUUCAGCGCGAUUAUAUAUUGUCUCCGCUGCCUUGUGGAUGAAGAUAUUCCACUAAACCAAGGUUGUCUCGCCCCGAUAGAUAUUAGAAUUCCUCCAAAGUCUAUAUUAAACCCAUCUGACCAGGCAGCUGUCGUUGGUGGUAAUGUGCUAACUUCACAGCGCCUUGUCGAUGUUAUUCUUAAAGCAUUCCAAGCAUGUGCUGCAAGCCAAGGAGAUUGUAAUAAUUUGACAUUCGGAAAAGAUGGAAAAAUUGUUGAUGGAAAAAUGACUGAUGGAUGGGGAUAUUAUGAAACAAUUGCUGGAGGAAGCGGGGCUGGUGAAACAUGGGAUGGUCAGUCUGGUGUGCAUGUGCAUAUGACAAAUACAAGGAUAACAGAUCCAGAGAUAAUUGAACGAAGAUUAGAUCAUGCAGUUAUGUUACGAGAGUUCUCACUUCGUAGAGGUUCCGGUGGUAAAGGUUUGCAUAGAGGUGGCAAUGGAGUAAUCCGUGAUCUUGAAUUCCGUGAGCCACUUCAAGUGAGUCUACUUACAGAAAGAAGAGUAUUCCAUCCAUACGGCUUAAGAGGUGGUAAAGAUGGCGCAAAGGGAUUAAACCUUUGGAUUCGUAAAGGCCAAAUUAAAGGGAAAGAUCGAGUACUUAAUUUAGGUGGUAAAAAUAGUUUUAAAGUUGGUGUGGGAGAUCGAGUUGUGAUUUGUACGCCAGGUGGUGGUGGAUGGGGAGUGCCAGUUGAUAAAACUAAUGAUGAUAUGGACAUUGAUGAAGCAAUUACGAAAUUUUUGUAA